CAGACUUUAAAUAACCGGUUGUAUACUUUUCGGAUAUGUCGUAUGUAGGCUGUCAGAUUCUGUUUGCAGCUAUUACAGACUAACAUCAUAUUAUUAAUUGUAAAUAAUAUCUACAAUGAGAAGACUUGUUAUAUUGUAUGCCACAUUGGAGCAGGAGGCAUCUAUGUGUGAUUUGUUCACUUCAAAACACUGGUCCUUCAAUAAUCUGGGGAAUUAUAUAUCCAAAGAUUUAGAAAAUGAAAUUCUGUCUGCUUUGGAGCAGUCAGAAGUGGUAGACUUUGAUGAUGAUGGGACAACAGUUGAAGAAGUUGAAACACUGUCAGUUGCUGUAUCCCAGGGUGACCAACCUGAUUCAGUAUUUAGUAGUUCAGAGAUAGACUCGAACAAAACUGGUGAGAAAAACAAUGAGGUUGUUACUAGGGUUUACUUUGGCAACUCUGUGCUUGAACCAAGCAAACUUUUGAACUCGGGAUCUAAAAAGGUUUUAAAGCCUAGAACUAAAAGUAAAAGAGUGAGGAAGCAGAGUCUGUUAAAAACAUGCAAAGAUAACAGGGAUGUAGGAAAGACGGAUUACACAGUGUCACCCAAAAGUAAAAAGAGCAAAGGUAAAUUUGCUAGUCUUGAAAGCGCAGGUUGUAGUAUUGUAAUUGACGGAAAGGACGAUGAUGAAGUUGGAGAUAUUUUGGGCAGCCCAGAAAAUGUUGGUAAUAGAAAUGCAUUGUUAAUCAAUGAAAAUGAUUAUAGUGUAUCAAACACAUCUGAUGAAAGAAAAUCACAGAUGACACAGAAAGAUACAACAAGGAAAGAUUUUAAAUGUGAGCAGUGCAGCUACAGGACAAAUGUGAGCAGCAAUUUGAAUAGACAUCUCCGGGAAAUACAUUCCGGUGAAAGGCAUAAAUGCUCGAAAUGUUGCAAAACAUUUAAAGGGAAGUACAAUGCAAAGAUGCAUGAGCUGUACGGUCACUCUACCGGUUUCCAAUGUGAACAAUGUGAUAAAACAUUCUCUUCUCUCAGUGGUCUACGUAAUCACAUAAAAAUUGUACACAAGAAGCUAAGUCUGUACGAAUGUGAACAUUGCGACAUGAAGUUUUUCUACAGAUCGCAUUAUUUCGGACAUCUUAAUAAACAUUUGAAUGUAAAGCCGUUUUCAUGUGAAACAUGUCACAAAGCAUUCCGAUACAAGAUAACAUGUCAAUUACAUGAGAAGAUUUGUUUUCGGGACAAAUAUGAUGCUAUCCAUAAUUUGAAUGGUUGUUUAAAAGACGAGGAAAAGAGUAAGCUUUUGUGUGAUAAAUGUGGUAUUGAGAUGAGCAGUAAGUCUAGUUUGAAGACGCAUCAUUAUUAUGCACAUGGCAGUGACAUAACAACAAUCUGCUCUCUGUGUGGAAAAUCAUUUAAAGGACAAUACAGUUUACAGCGCCACAUAAGAAACACCCAUGAAGACACUGGUGUCAGAUAUACAUGUCCACAUUGCAAGAAACAAUUCUCCCAGAAAGAGGUUUUGAAACAUCACUUGAAAAUCCAUCAGAAAGCAUACACCUGCCACUGUGAAACAUGUGGUAAGGGAUUUCUGUCUAGGUUCAAGAUGAUGGAACAUUCACGGACACACACUGGUGAAAAGCCAUUCUCUUGUACGUAUUGCCAUACAUUCAGAACUGCUACCAAGACAAACUUACAAAAGCAUAUGAGAAUACAUGAAGAAGGAAGAGUACCAUGGCAAAAAUGCAAAAAGAAAAACAGUACAGAAAAGUCAUCUCGGGCUGCCAGUAAGAAACAGAAAUUUCAAGAAAAUCCUAUGGAUGAAGCGGAAACUGAAGACAGUUCUGUUAAACUUGUUGAUAAUAUCGUAGAGCCUAUAUACGAUGCUCUUCAAAUGUCUACAGGGUCGUAUGUAGGAUCAUCAGAGUUCAUUGAGGACAAAGGAGAGUACACUAAUCUGCAGAAGAUGUCUGUGGAUAGUGACAGUGUAAGGUACGACACGCAAUCCGAUAGAUAUAUGUACGCAGAACAGGAGCAUCAAGGUCAGUCUGAAGGUCAAAUCAAUUUCCAAGUGGAAAAUCAGCAAGUUCUUGAUUAUCCGAUCCAUGGCAAAUUUAACGUAGGAAAUAUUGUGAGACAUGACUUGGAUAGCGUACAUUCAAUCGGAACAAAAGAUGAAAUGAAAGUGGAUAAUCAUACAGAUUAUGAGUUAAAUGAUAAUAGUGACAGUUACCAUGGCAACAGCUCUAGGGAAGCCUCAGAACUUUCUCAAGGUCUUAACAUUCUUACAGUUGCUAUGAAUAUUGUUAAUCCUAGUCAGUAUUGAAAUUAUAGACUCUUCUACCAGAAUUGUUGCAUGUUUUCAAAAAAAAUCAAAAUAAAGUUGAAAGGUAUUUCACAAAGUUAUCUAUUCAUAUAGAAUGAUAUAAAUUAGAGUGUUGCAAGACGUUUAAAAGGUAUAAUAUUUUUGAGACAAUGUUAAUGCAAGUUAUUACAUGUAUUUUGAAAUAGUAUCAAAUGUUGGGUUCUUUUAAGCUCAUCUGUUUCAACAAAGUCAAGCUAUUUUGAUCGCUG